AUGUUCUUGUUGCUCUUGCUGCCCUGUGUCUGUGGCCUUGCAGCCCUCCGUGAUGAUAGUUGCACAUAUGAUACUACUGCGUGGAAGAACAUGAGGAAUAAAACUGAUUAUACACCUUUGUCUGUUUCUAUUGUACGGGAAUUACCUCAAAGUGGUAAGAGUACUGUUUCACUCUACACAACAACAACUACUACUACUUCUACUACUACAGUAAAAAGCGAAGAGGAGGAUUGGAUGCCUAUUCGCAUUCAUGUCUCUUCUGAGGAGUUGGAUAGAGCGAUGAGGCGCUGCAGUAGUGGAAUGACUGAUUCUUCACAUAGACACUCUCCAUCAUGCCGUGAUGGAAAUGUACUCACACCACAGAAACGAGACAUUCUGUUAAAUGAACUCCUUCCUGCAGCUAUUGCACUGCACAGUGAACGUCUUCUUGUGGUGCGAUCACGGUUUAAUUUGGUCAUCAUGCAAUUUAUCUCAGAGAUGUGCUACACAUAUGUUGAGCUUCCUGCAGCGUAUGAGAGUGUGGGUGUGGUUCAGGCGGACUUUGUGUUGUUUGUGUUG